AUGGAGAAAUUCGGGUUGAGUGGCAAGUUGCCAUCUUUUGGAAAGGCCACGCAUUCUACAGGGGUACCUGAUAUGUCUAAUGUUAAUAUGAGUACUAGACAAUUGCGUGUCGCUAACUGUCCAAACAACAGUUAUGCAUUGGCUAAUGUGGCAGCUGUCUCACCAAGCGAUUUACCAGAGAAUAUUUACGUUAUUAUAGACAACUUAUUCGUGUUUACCACAAGACACUCUAACGAAACUCAACCUGGUACCAUUGGAUUUAAUGGUAACCAACGUACUUGGGGAGGUUGGUCAUUGAAUCAAGAUGUACAGGUGAAACCGUACGAUUUAUUCCAACAUUCGGGCAAGCAUGCGUAUCUAGGAUCUGUGGAUCUGGAAAUCAGUUUCAGGUCUAGAGGAAAAGCCGUGGAGACUCCUUUUGAUCAAGAUGAACUUGCUAAGCAAUUUUUAAAGAGUUUUGAAUCCCAAAUAUUCUCACCAACGCAGUACUUGAUAUUCGAGUUUAAGGGACAUAUCUUCGAUCUAAGAGUAAGAUCAACGCAAACUAUUGAUUUGGGAGAUGUAGAAAUUGUAGCUCCGGUUUCUACCUCAAUUGAAGCUAAGGCAAUCUUAAUCAAACAAACUCAGAUAAACUUUUUCAAAGGAAGAGAUGGAUUGGUUAAUUUGAAAUCGUCCAACUCGCUGAGACCAAGAUCGGAUGCCGUUAUUAGACCUGAUUUCAAAUUUGAAGACUUAGGCGUUGGUGGUUUAGACCGCGAAUUUACCAAGAUUUUUAGAAGGGCAUUCGCUAGCAGAAUUUUCCCUCCAGCUGUUAUUGAAAAGUUAGGCAUCUCCCAUGUCAAGGGUCUUCUAUUGUUUGGACCCCCAGGUACAGGUAAAACGUUGAUUGCCCGUAAAAUUGGUACUAUGUUAAACGCAAAGGAACCCAAGAUCGUGAACGGUCCUGAAAUCUUGAGUAAGUACGUUGGAUCUUCAGAGGAGAACAUCCGGAACCUAUUCAAAGACGCGGAAGCUGAAUACAAGGCAAAGGGAGAAGAGUCCUCGUUACAUAUAAUCAUUUUCGAUGAGUUGGAUUCUGUUUUCAAACAAAGAGGCUCAAGAGGUGAUGGAACUGGCGUCGGUGAUAAUGUUGUCAACCAAUUACUUGCCAAGAUGGAUGGUGUCGAUCAAUUGAACAAUAUCUUAGUUAUUGGUAUGACCAAUCGUAAAGAUUUGAUUGAUAACGCUUUACUACGUCCUGGUAGAUUCGAAGUACAAGUUGAAAUUCAAUUACCGGACGAAGAAGGUAGAGAACAAAUCUUCGAAAUCCAAACCAAGAAAAUGAGAGAAAACAACAUGCUCGCACAUGAUGUUAGCUUGAAAGAACUUGCAUCACUCACGAAGAAUUUCUCCGGUGCUGAAAUUGAGGGUUUGGUGAAGAGUGCUAGUUCUUUUGCAAUCAACAAGACUGUAAAUAUCGGAAAAGGGGCAACCAAACUAAAAACCAAAGACAUUGCAAACAUGAAGGUGACUAGACAAGAUUUCUUGAAUGCGUUAGAUGAAGUGACUCCUGCGUUUGGUGUUAGUGAAGAAGAUUUGAAGACUUGCGUAGAAGGUGGAGUCUUUAGGUUCUCCAACUCCGUAGACGACAUUUUGAAAAACGGUGCUAGAUACGUCCGUCAAGUGAGAGAGUCAGACAAAUCAAGACUAGUAUCCUUACUAGUGCAUGGUCCUCCAGGUUCAGGAAAAACUGCCUUAGCUGCCGCCAUUGCAUUGAAGUCUGAGUUCCCAUUUGUUAGAUUAAUUUCCCCUGAAGAAAUAGCAGGUAUGUCGGAAACGGCCAAGAUCGCAUACAUCGACAAUACCUUCAGAGAUGCUUACAAAUCGCCACUUAACAUUCUAGUUAUCGAUUCGAUAGAGACUCUAGUUGACUGGGUUCCAAUUGGUCCAAGGUUCUCUAAUAAUAUCCUACAAGUACUCAAGGUCUAUUUGAAAAGAAAACCUCCAAAUAAUCGUCGUUUGCUUAUCAUCUCUACUACGUCCGCUUACACGGUGCUUAAGCAAAUGGAUAUACUAAGUUGUUUCGACAACGAAAUUGCUGUCCCAAACGUAUCAAACCUAGAUGAACUGAAUAACAUUAUGACAGAUUCCGGAUUUCUUGACGAUGCUGGUAGAGUCGAAGUUAUCCGCAAAUUAUCCCAAGUUACAUCUACUCUCAACGUCGGCGUGAAAAAAGUACUCACAAACAUUGAAACAGCAAGACACGAUGAGGAUCCCGUCAAUGAACUUGUUGAUCUAAUGGUGCAAUCAUCUUGA